AAUCGAACUGAAGUAACAGAAGGAAAGAAUGAAUGAACACUAAAAAAGUUCCGAUUCGUAACCAAACAAUUCAAUAACACACGCUCUCGAUCUGUUGUCCCGCACUGUGAAUUCUCCCCCAAUUCUCAAACCCAACCCUAGAUCCAUUUCGCAAUCUCUACAAACACAAGGGAGGACGCCUUCGUUGUUGGAUUGAUCGGUGAGCCAUGGCGAUUGUGAAGGCGGUGAACAGAUCGGCGUCGGCGGCGUUCGCGCCCGACGCGCCGUACCUCGCGGCCGGGACCAUGGCGGGUGCGGUCGAUCUGUCAUUCAGUUCCACGGCCAAUCUCGACAUCUUCGAGCUCGACUUCACAUCAGAUGAUCGGGAGCUCAUCUUGGCCGGCUCGGUGGCAAGCUCCGAGCGGUUCAACCGCUUGUCAUGGGGGAAGGCUCUGCCCAAUUCCGAAGAAUUCUCUCUCGGCCUCAUCGCCGGUGGUCUUGUUGAUGGCACCAUUGGGCUGUGGAAUCCCAGGCGUUUGAUCUCCUCUGGCAAAAGUCGAGAAGGUCCUGAAGCCUCUGAAAAUGCAUUUGUUGGCCAUCUUUCUAACCAUAGUGGGCCUGUUCGUGGUUUGGAGUUUAAUGUAUUUACUUCAAAUCUCCUUGCUUCUGGUGCUGAUGAAGGCAAAAUUUGCAUAUGGGAUAUUGCAAAUCCGGUAGAACCUACCCAUUAUCCUCCUCUGAAGGGUAGUGGAUCAUCAGCCCAAAGUGAAAUUUCAUAUGUAUCCUGGAACAGCAAGGUUCAGCAUGUAUUGGCAUCCACAUCACUGAAUGGAACAACUGUGGUUUGGGAUCUUAGGAAGCAAAAGCCAGUCAUAAGUUUCUCAGAUUCCAUUAGAAGGCGCUGUUCUGUUUUGCAGUGGCAUCCUGAUUUUGCCACUCAGCUUAUUGUAUCAUCUGAUGAAGAUGGUUCACCUGCACUCAUGAUGUGGGAUAUGCGGAAUGUAAUGUCUCCAGUGAAAGAGUUUGUGGGGCAUACUAAGGGUGUCAUUGCAAUGUCCUGGUGUCCCAUUGACAGUUCCUACCUACUUACUUGUGCAAAAGAUAACCGCACUAUAUGCUGGGAUGUUGUAUCAGGAGAGAUUGUCUCUGAAUUGCCAUCAGGAACUAAUUGGAAUUUUGAUGUACACUGGUAUCCCAAGUGCCCGGGUGUCAUAUCAGCAUCUUCAUUUGAUGGAAAGAUUGGGAUUUAUAAUAUUGAGGGUUGUGAUCGAUAUGUUGGUGAAGAUGGCAAUUUUGGAGCAGCUUCUUUGAAAGCUCCAAAAUGGUACAAACGAGGAGGAGGAGUGUCAUUUGGUUUUGGAGGGAAGCUGGUCUCAUUUAACUCCACUAAUGCCUCAGAUAAACCAUCAGAGGUCUAUGUGCGUACUGUGGUUACUGAACAUGGUUUAGUCAGUCGUUCUUCCGAUUUUGAGACUAUGAUCCAGGAUGGGGAGAGAUCCCAACUCAGGCUUCUGUGUGACAAGAAAUCCCAAGAUUUAGAAUCUAAUGAUGAAAGGGAGACAUGGGGUUUUCUGAAGGUUAUGUUUGAAGAGGAUGGAGCUGCAAGGACAAAAUUGCUUUCACACCUUGGUUUCAGUCUGCCUGUAGAAGAAAAAGUUGCCAAGCAGGAUGAUAUUUCUGAUCAAGUAUCUGCUCUUGGCCUAGGUGAAAGUGUUACAAGUACAGAACAAAAUACCAUGAAGAAAGAAACCACAGGGCUACCAUUUGAUAAUGGAGAAGAUUUCUUUAACAAUCUUCCCAGUCCGAAAACUGAAACUCCUGUGUCAACCUCUGGGAAUAACUUUGAUAAUAAUGAAGCUGCUUCAGGCUGGGAGGAAUCUCCAUCAGCGAUAAAUGGAUUAGAGGAGAGUACUGACUCGUCUUCUGAAGAUGCUAUUCUGCGCGCUUUGGUUGUUGGGGAUUACAAGACUGCUGUGGCACACUGCAUAUCUGCUAAUAGAAUGGCUGAUGCAUUAGUUAUUGCCCAUGUUGGUGGUACUUCCCUGUGGGAAAGCACUCGAAAUCAAUACCUUAAGACAAGUCAAUUGCCUUACCUUAAGGUUGUCUCUGCAAUGGUUAGCAAUGAUCUCAUGAGCCUUGUAAAAAGCAGGCCAUUGAAAUCGUGGAAGGAAACACUUGCUCUCCUUUGCACUUUUGCUCAGCAAGACGAAUGGACAUUGUUGUGUGACACACUUGGUUCGAGACUUUUUGCUGCCGGUGAAACACUUCCAGCAACACUUUGUUUUAUAUGUGCUGGGAAUAUAGAUAAAACAAUAGAGAUAUGGUCGAGGACACUGUCAGAUAUUCAUGAUGGCAUAUCAUAUUUUGAUCUCCUUCAGGAUUUAAUGGAAAAGACAAUAGUAUUUGCACUUGCAACGAGACAGAAGCGGUUUAGCGCUUCUCUAUGCAAGCUUGUUGAGAAGUAUGCUGAAAUCUUAGCAAGUCAGGGGCAAUUAAGUACAGCAAUGAAGUACUUGAAGGUUUUGGGAACUGAGGAAUUGUCUCCUGAGCUGACAAUCUUACAAGAUCGUAUUGCCCUCUCAAUUUCACCAGACAAGGACACUAGGUCUAUGGCUUUUGAGAACUCACAGUUGCAAACGGGACCUGGAUACAGCUCUGAACAGCCAAGUUAUGGCAUGAAUGGUGCAUCUCAACACUAUUAUCCGGAAUCACCCAUGCAAAACACACCAGGCACUCUUAAUGGUCCAUAUGCUGAAAAUUAUCAGUCUACUCAUGGUCCUUCGUUCAAGGGAUAUACUCCUCCUUCCUCUUAUCAGCCUGCUCCUCCUUCCCCCUAUAUGCCUUCUCCUCCUUCCUAUCAGCCCACUCCUCCUUCCUAUCAGCCCACUCCCCCUUCCUUUCAGCCUGCUCCACAGCAGAAUGUCCAACAACCUAACAUGUUUCUUCCCACACCAGUUCAUCAUGUUCCCCAGCCACCUUUGCAGGGAAAUAUUGCUGCACCACCUGCUGCCGGUCAGUCUACUAUAAAACCUUUUGUUCCAACUAACCCCCCGGCUCUGAGAAAUGUGGAGCAAUAUCAACAGCCCACUUUGGGUUCCCAGUUGUAUCCUGGGCAGGCUAACCCUAGUUUUCCAACCGGUCCUCAUGUGCCUGGUGGUGCAUAUGACCCUAACGUGUCACAAGUCAAUCCGCCUCUCGGACAAAGGAUGCCUCAAGUGGUUUCACCUUCUCCAAAUGUUAGGGGAUUCGCCCCGGUUACAAAUCCGGGAGUUCAAAGACCUAAUGUGAGUGCCAUGCAACCUCCCAGCCCCACUCAAGCAGCACCUGUCCAACCACCUGUAACUCCUGCUGUUCCCCCACCGACAGUGCAGACAGUCGAUACCUCUAAUGUGCCUGCUGAACAAAAACCUGUCAUAGCAACAUUGACUAGGCUCUUCAACGAGACAUCAGAAGCAUUAGGAGGGCCACGGGCAAAUCCAGCUAAGAAACGUGAGAUUGAUGAUAAUUCAAAGAAGCUAGGUGCGUUGUUUGCUAAACUCAAUGGUGGAGAUAUAUCUAAGAACGCUUCAGAAAAGCUCGUCCAGCUUUGUCGGGCUUUGGACAACGGUGACUUCAGUACUGCCCUUCAGAUCCAGGUGCUCUUGACGACAAGUGAUUGGGACGAGUGCAACUUUUGGCUAGCGACGCUGAAGCGAAUGAUCAAGACGAGGCAGAACUUUAGAUAAACACGGUAAACUUCCCCAGACAAAAUUUAGAUUCUCUUACUUGAGUGUUUUCCAAUCGUGGGUUCAAUGGCCUCCGGCAUACACGAGGAUCAUCCAAACAGUUGAGAAUUAUAUGGAAUUCAGGUUUCUUUUUCUGUCAAACCAUCUCCCCUAAUUCCCAUAGAGGCAAAAGAGAAUAUAGUUCUCAUAGACUAUGCAAGACAGAUUGGUCUUUCCUUUAAACUUUGUAAUGUUGAAAUAUAGACAUUUUUGUUUCAAAUAGAUAUAACACUUUUUAGCUGUAAUUCUUUUAGAACUCCAUUUCACAAGCAAAGCUUCACUUAAAGAAUUCUUAACUUGGUUA